AUGCAUGGAGAAAUACUGCUAGUUCGAUUUUCAGACCUCUGUCCUUCUCUCGAGUCGGCACUGAUAGAUGUCAUCAACAGGGGCUACAACAAGCCCCGAUACAAGUACGGCGUGAUUGACACACCGCGGAUCAAGCACUCGCUGCUCAGGGAUCUGAAUAUCAAGGACCUAGAGCAGUCGUAUCUUGCGCUGUUUUUGGCUCCAGAAUGCGACAUAUUGAUAGAGAAAGACGAUAGUGCAGCCGAGGCGACCAGGAAGUUCAUCAGCAAGUUUCCGGAAGUGAGUUUUUCAACACAUCUCAGCCAGCUAGACGACUACUCUAACGUCGAAUCGCGCAUACUAGGAACAGUGGGGAUUAAGAAAAUAGACAGGGGCCACGAAUUGACCGCCUUCACGUCGUUCUACCCGCAAUUGUCGGGUAAGAUGAUGGAUUUCAUCCACCAGGUUGGCAAAAAUGUCGGCUCAAAAACAAUUAUCGCAGACGUGAUUGCAGAGCACAAUCUGGUGGAGUUUUACGAAAAACACCAAUAUAGAGAAAUACGCCGCAUUCCGUGCAAAAUAGACAAACAGACCAACCUGGUGAUUGGGUCUGUGAUGGAGGAUGGCGUCAAGGCCAAAAAAGACUUCACGAUGGUGGAGAUGGAAAGAGUGUUGUAG